AUGCCUCCUCUCUCCAAACGCAAAGCUCUCCCUUUCAAACCCCCGCGGUCUAUCGCGGCGACUACCGAGAACGCAUCCACAUCAGCCUCGAAACAUGAAUCCGUCUCAGGUUCCGGAAAGCCCCGCAAACGAACAAAGACACAGGCCGUUGCUGUCACCCGUUCUCCGUCUCCCCCACUUGUAUCCGAACCUUCACAAUCCCCGGCAAAUAGGCUACGCUCUCCUGAACAUGGCGACUACCCCACACGUUCUAUCGACUCAUUAUCCUCAGAGCCAGAAUAUAUCCUCGCAGAAAUCACUGCUCCUAAAGAGGAAAAACGACAAUCUCUCGAAACCUCCGAACCAGACUUUCCACCCAAACUCCUAGCUGCUAUCAUUCAUCAUCACAUGAAAAGCAAGGGCGAGAAGAUGCGGAUAAAAAAAGACGCCAAUAGAUUAUAUGCAAAGUACAUUGAUAUUUUUGUGAAAGAGGCCGUGGCGAGAGCAAUUCACGAGCGACGAGAGAAAUUGAAUACGGAUGGAAUUGAGAGGGAUAGAUCCCGGAGGAUACUGGAUAGUUAUUUGGAGGUCGAGGAUCUGGAAAAGCUGGCGCCCCAAUUGCUUCUUGAUUUCUAAUGGAAUCAUCGGAAUACUUCAAAUUCAUACACCAGCAAUCGAGUCUAUCAGAGUGGCUAUGGCAAAUUGACAGUUCCUUUUUUGGAACGCUCUACGAAACCCCUUCGUUGGAGAUAAAGCUCCUUGACGUGUGGUACUAUAUUAGACCUAGGCCUGCACUAUUUCAUCGUGCGCAAGAGUCUCUAUCCGCUUGAGCGAGUGAUUUGUUUACAAAACCUCCCUCGCAUGGUU